AUGCAACACCGCCGAGAACUUCAACCAUCUCCCUUGAAACGCUCCAACACCACUCCUAAUUUCCGAUCAAAAGCUAGUCAAGUCUUGGAUGAAGGCGAAGACGAAGUUGAAGAUGACGGAGAGGAAGAAGACGAAGAGACCCUUCAAUUGCGACUGGCCGAAAUCCAGGCUCGUCUCAAGCUAAAGCAACUGCAGAAGAGCCGAGGCCGAUCCGACAGUGCGACUUCUUACAUCGAAGAGGGCGAGAGUAGGCGCACUCGGCCAGCCUCUGCACUUGCUUCAUCUUCACGGCCCCUCUCCCAUUUUUCCGAGCUGAGAAGCCCACAAAAUAAACAGCAGAAAGCACGCACCGAUGAAGUUCAGGUUCCGGUGUCGCCUCAAAAGCGAGAAGCUCCCGCGCCAGAGCCUUGGUCUCCGCGAAGGUACCAGAUGGGCAUUGACAAAGGCUGGAAGGCAAACGAUGUGUCGCUUAAGCGACCCCCGCGGCCAACGAGCCAACUCGGAACGAGAAGUGGCGCAAUAUCCCGUCCUGCCGAUGUUUACUCGCCCAGGCCACAAACAUCGCCCGGGGGUGGAGGGAUAAACAGAAUAAAAAGUUUCAGUGAGCGCAUGGCGGAAGGUCGAGCCUCGGAGAAGUCUCGCCUAGAGCGAGCAGAGAGAGCGGAGAGAGUCCAGGCAAACCGAAGCUCAGCAUUCCAGCUGAAUGAAGCUGAGGUUGAAGCAUUCAAGAUCGCGGCUGCAAAUGAAAUGCCACCACCUGCACAAUCUACUCAUCGGCAACCGGAAGUGCAACAGUUUAGCCGCGAGGAAAUCAUGCAGUCUCUUGCGAAACCCGGAGGCAUAAAACGAAGCCAAACAACUCCUAAUCUGAAAGAUCCCACCGGGUCGAACAAAAAGCCAUCUAACGUGCGUCAUCAUUUUACACAAUCAGGAAGGACAUCGCCAUACAAAGAUCUCAGUCAAGAUGAACAAGCUGCUGGAGAAGCUACCAACCAACCAGACUCUUCUAAAUUCGAAUCUUACUCCGGCAUGCACCUGACAAACCGCAUUCUACCUCAUUCUUUCUUGAGCCGCAACUUGAGUGACAAAAAGGUUCUUCGUAUACCCGAUCUACUAAAGAUGGUCAAGGCACCAUCCUUCGAGCUUCCCGAGGAGAUUGAUACGGACUUUGUCGUGUUUGGGAUACUUGCAUCAAAGUCUGAUCCGAGGCAGAUCAAGACACCGGCAAACAGCACCAAGAAGGAGGUGGAUCCCUACGACGAGGGACACAAUAAUACCGAUAAAUAUCUGGUCUUGACUCUGACCGAUCUGAAAUGGACUAUCGAUCUCUUUCUCUUUGAAACCGCCUAUACUCGCUACUACAAAAUGUCGGAGGGGACUCUCGUUGCGAUUCUUAACCCUACGAUCAUGCCCCCUCCAAAGCAUAAGUUGGAUACAAACCGGUUUAGUUUGUCUUUGAAUUCUUCAGACGAUAAAGUUUUGGAGAUUGGUUAUGCUCGGGACAUUGGCUACUGCAAGGCCGUACGGAAGGAUGGCAAGAAUUGCCAAUCCUGGCUGGAUGCGCGGAAAACUGAAUUUUGUGAAUUUCACGUUGACAUUCAAGUGCGGCGCACUCAGGGCAAGCGCAUGGGAGUCAACUCCAACACGGGUUAUGGCCCCGGUGGUCGAUCGGGCUCACGGAUCGUAGACGCGGUGGAUAAUUGCAGUGGCUCCAACCCUACGAGCUAUCGAAGAUCUUCGAUGGGUCGAGAUCCUGACUCCAAGAAAGACUUGAAAACCCCCGGCGCCCAAUAUGAUGGAGAAUCCCAGUCACUUUAUUACGUGGCGCCAGCUGCCAAUCGCGGUAGUCGUACAUCAUACCAUCAUGGCGCUGCGAACGGAUCGGCAGCGGCCCUGAUUGACGCUCAUGACGACCCAUUCCUUGCUUCGGGCAUGAUAGGGCGCGGCCAGGAGAGCAAGGAACAACGAAUGCGGCGACGCUUGGCCACUCAGAAGCGUGAACUUGACAUCACACGCAGGCUUGUCACAAAUCGUGCUGGCCCUGGUGCAGAUUAUCUUCGAACCCGAACUGGUAACGAGGCUUCUCAAGAAGGCGAGACGCCAAGCACACCAAAGUCUCAACCCGCAGAUCAUGGUUUCAACCUUUCUACCCUGGGAAUGGCAAAGAAUGUUCGGUUGAGCCCGCAGAAGCGUGCUCAUGGCAAACCACAUGGAAGCGGCGUCAAGAAAACUCGGUUCAUCACGUCAAAGGGAAUUAGAGAGGCUGGGCGAGAAAGCUUAGGAGCUGGAGCUGAGGCAGCCCAAGGAGGAAGACGGGUUUUGUCAGAUGAUGACGAUGAUGAACUGGAUAUUAUUUGA